AUGCACGUUCACACAGAGGACAUGGGAGGGCGGAUCUCUCGGCAACGCGGCGGGGGGCAGCAGCACGCCGCAGACGGUCGCCAGUCGACACACCUGUCCAGCAGCGUGUCGAGCCGUGCCAGCGAUCGCAAGGGCAGCCACUCCCGCCACCAUGGAAAUUCACUGCCCUCUCCCCACUUACCUGCCCCUGCGAGCGCGUCGCCCUCCGUUUUCCGCCUCCACGUGCCGCACGCGGCGCACCACGGCAGCAGCCCCGGCUCGUCCAGCGAGCGCGGCGGAAGCGGCGGGAGUCAACGCGGCAGCUGCGGUCACCACGUGUCGAGCCCAGCCGCCGGUCGCGCCCUGAGUCCGACCACCGUCCCUGGCUCCUCCGCCUCCCAGCAAAAGGGCAAGAAUCCCAGCACCAGCAGCACGACGGGCGCGACGACGACUGGCCCCGAAUCCCACCGGGCGAGAGAUGGCGCUGCAGGCGGCGGAGGCGCGACCGCCGUCUCCACUGGCGGCGCCGCGACGCCGCAGGCCGCCGGCGUCGCGAAGCGGUGCGUGCACAGUCCGGGGGCCAUGGGCGCGGGGGCGGGGUCUCCCGCCGCUGAGGAGUCUGCCCACCCGUCGCACGUGCUGCAGCGACCGAUCGAGGCGUGGAAGCUGGCGGAAGAGGCGGCAGCGGCCGCGGCGCCUCGAGACAAAUCCGGGGGAAUCGAUCGAUCGAAGUUCAUCCUCGAGAACGCCGGCGUCUUGACCGACUUCUACGAUCUCGACUCCUCGACCCUUGGCCAAGGCACGUACGGCUCGGUCUCCAAGGCACGCAAGAAGGACACCGGACAAAUGCGGGCCGUGAAGACCAUCAGCAAGAGCCAGGUCAAGAACCUCGAGCGCUUCAGGCAGGAAAUUGCAAUCAUGAAGGAACUGGAUCACCCGAAUGUGAUCAAACUCUUCGAAACCUUCGAGGAUCAUCGAAACAUAUAUUUGGUCAUGGAGCUGUGUACGGGAGGCGAGUUGUUUGACCGAAUUAUUUCCGAGGGGCGCCUCACGGAGAAGCAUGCUGCGGUCCUUAUGAAGCAGAUGUUUUCCGCCGUCCACUACUUGCACACCAACAAUAUCAUGCACAGGGAUCUGAAACCAGAGAACUUUCUGUUUCUGGAUCCGGCACGUGACUCGCCGUUGAAGAUCAUUGAUUUCGGUCUGUCGUGCCGCUUCAAGAAGGGAGAGUUCGUAUCCACGAAAGCUGGCACGCCAUAUUACGUGGCUCCGCAAGUGCUUCAGGGCAAGUACGACUACCGCUGUGACGCGUGGUCGCUGGGCGUCAUCCUCUACAUCCUGCUGUGCGGUUAUCCGCCUUUCUAUGGAGAGACGGACGCUGAAGUGCUGACGAAAGUCAAGGCAGGCGUCUUCUCCUUCAGCGGUCCCGAGUGGAAGCGCGUUAGCGAGGAAGCCAAAGACCUCAUCUGCCAGCUCAUUAAGAUCAACCCGCAGGAGCGCUUCACGACCGAGCAAGCUCUGCAACAUCCGUGGGUGACGACUCUCGCGAGAAACAGUCAGAACGUGGCUCUACCUACGACGCUUAUGUCAAACUUGAAGGCGUUCAGAGCCCAGAACAAGCUGAAGAAGGCUGCCUUGACUGUCAUCGCGCAGCACAUGUCGGAGAAGGAAAUCGAUCACCUGCGGCAAAUCUUCGUCACCCUCGAUGUCGAUAAUAGUGGCACCCUUUCUGUUCACGAGAUCCGCGAGGGACUGAAGCGGUUGGGCUGGACGGAGAUUCCCGCAGAUUUGCAGGCCAUCAUCGAAGAGGUGGAUUCAGACAACUCAGGCCACAUUGACUACACAGAGUUUAUUGCGGCUACCAUGGACAAGAAGCUCUACAUGAAAGAAGACGUCUGCUGGGCUGCUUUCCGCGUCUUCGACCUGGAUGGAAACGGCAAGAUUUCGCAAGACGAACUGAAGAAGGUCCUUGGCAUGCCUGACGUGGAGACUGCUGUCGGGCGAGCGACGAUCGAGGCGCUUCUCACUGAAGUCGACCUCAACGGCGACGGAGAGAUUGAUUUCGACGAGUUCAUGUACAUGAUGAGGAAGAAGGAGCCCUCAGACAAGCGUUUCGAUCUCGGCGCACGCAAAACGCUGCAUAGCGCGGCUUUGCAGCCGCAGGAGGGUCGUCGUUCCGUUAUCCAGCGCCCCUCUUUGAGCGUCGUCCCUCCACUGCGCUCGUCGGGCUCGCCCAAGCCGGCGGCUGCCGGACCCGCGGCGGAGAAAGGGACGGGCGCCACGACCGAGAAGGAGACGCCUGCCAAGUGUGUGCCUGCAGUCGGAGACAAGGGCGCAGACAAAGGCCAGGUGGUGUAG